AUGACGGGCAGUCAAAGACAAGGUCCGCAUCGUUCCAACACCAACACAUCUGAGCAUUCUCUUGGACGAAUCCAACAGCAUCAGUCUUUGAAUAACACUGCAAAUAAUAUAAGUGAAAGUACUUUUAUAAACAACAGUCAACUGGCUUCAUCGCUUGCAUAUCCUAAUCCAUUGUUGGGACUUUCUCAAUUUCGGGAUAGACCGGAUUCACGACAGCAAAUGCAAUCUGCAAUGCUGGAUGAUUCAGAUGUUACUGCAAUAUCAACUGCUUCUCAACGUAAUCCAUAUCCUAUGACUGGCUCUGCACAACGAUUACGUCAAAUGCCUCAAUUUCAACCAAUGCUUCAGUCUGGCGUGCAGCAACACAUUCAACUCUCUCAGUCUGGUUCGUCCGUGUCCAUGCAAGCUGCUCAUGCUCCACAGCUUAAUCCAAAACUUCAACCUCAGAUUUUACAACCUCAAUUGCUUCAACAUAUACAACAGCAGCAAUUUUUACAACAGCAACAACAUCAAAAUCUGUUUCAACAACAACAUCAGGAACCUUCGCAGCAACAUCUAAAACGAUUCCAAAAACAAAAUAUCACUCCGCCUCUGUUUGUAUCGGAUUCCUCAGUGCAUGGCUUAAAACCGUUGCACAAGUAUGAAUAUAGGCUUCCUUCUGAUAGACUUUUGUCGCGAUCGGGUGGUUCCGAUUAUGUAGAUGUAUACUUGCAACGACACGGCCAGCCUGAAGAUAAACUGGACGAAACUACCGUCAAGGCAGGAUAUACUGAUAAAUCUCCUGUCCAAAAUGAAACUCUGUCCGUAUUUGAAUCCAUCCAUAUCUAUGAUCACCUAUCCAGAAAAAAUGUGUUUCAAGACAUGGUCAAGUUUGCAUCCACUGUCCUCGCUGCCCAAUCUCAAGUUACCUUUCCAAAAGAAUCCCAGUUUACCAUCUCAAGGCGAACGGGCACAUCUUCCAAAACAUACGACAACUGGAUAGAUGACUUGUUUGGAAAUAUACCUUUUUCAGAACUAAGUAAAUCUGUUCCUUUUGGAUUAAAACUUGACAAGUUACUCGAAAGUCUGCAGCAAAAACAGGUCUCUCUUGUUCGUGCUACCUGGGCCAUCAAAAUGAUCGGAGUAACCGAUCUUGCUAGUUCAUCUCGCUUAUCCAGAGUCGAUAGUCAUCUUGAUGCUUCGUUUUCAUGGACUUCCAUCGUCAUUGCGUAUAUCCAAAAACAAAUCAACGAAGUCUCUCUUUCUGCUGUCAAUACGCCGCAAAUCUCUCAAGUUCGCAAUCAAAAAAGAACACAAAGUAAAGAAGCUAUUGCUGCUGCGGCAGAAGCUGCUGCUAGUAAACAUAUCUCUCCCAAACAACGACACCAUUUUAUAUCGCGAUGGGAUUAUUUAAUGCGGCUUUGUGCCAAGCAAUACGAAGAAGGAUUGCUGGAUCAAGGAAGUUUUUUAAAAAAAUCGCUGGAAAUAUUUAAAAUGUGUAAUUUCAGUCAGACCAUGUUUGCUGUUACUUUAAUAUCAAUGUUUGUGUUGGAAAUUGGCCGCUCUCGCGCAUUAAUGCGAUUGCUAGUUUCUAUAUGCUUGAAAAAGUUGAAAAAACUCAAACUGCACAUCUCCACUUCAGACUUUGCAAAGGAACAAUACAACCAGCUAGUUAUACUGCUUCAGAGAGGAUAUAGGUGUGCUCCUGACACGUUUGUUAGCACAAAACUGUGGGUCAAUUUUGAAGAAUUUUUAACCGUUGUUUUUGCUGACGAGCAUCAGACACGAAUGGAGGUUGAGUCUCGAAACAAUUGGCUGAUUUCUUCUGCACCUUUGACUUUGUGUGCAUCUGAAUCCCUUAAUGUGCUGUUUAGAACACUUGGUUAUUGGACCAAUUACUCUCAAAUAUAUCAAACCUGGGAUGCUUUUUUUGAUGGAUUCACCGAUAUUUCAAUCCAUCUACGACAUAUAUUCAACUGGGCACUUGCUGAUUCUCGUCCAUCUCAAGACAGUCGAGCAUUUAUUGCGGCUCGACUUGUUUCUGAAUGGUACAAAAACAUGUUAAACGAUAAUCUUACUAAAAAGAACCACCACAGUCUUUUAUCCAUGAAUUUCGCAAAGCUUUUUUACAAAUUGCUGGAUAAGCUUAUUGCCACUUUGCCAUCUGGUCAGGAUGAGCAACAUCGACUUUUUUUGCUAUUUUCACAAUUGGAACAGUUGCGAGUAUUUUCAAUACGGCAAUAUGCCCAACGGUUGGUUUCUCGAGGCGAUUUGGAUUCAUCCAGCAAUACGUCAGAAAAGUUUAAAUGUUUUUUACAAGGCUAUCCACUUCGAAUAGCCGAACUUGUCCAGAAUUGUCAACUAUAUCAUAAAAAUGAUGUGAAUCUGGCAAAUGAUUCCGACAAUGAUUUUUGUAUACAAAGCGUUUUGGAACUCAUUGUUCGAACCGAUACGGAAUCACGCAAGCAAGAUGUUUUGCAUUUUGAAAACAUUAAAAAGCAAAUCAUUGCGGUUCUUCCUCGAAUAUAUAUAUCAGGAGAUAAAGUAGAUACACUACGUGAUCGACUUGUCCAAGAUAUGCCAAAAGACCGUGCGCUUGCAUGGCCAAACAUGAAAUUAAAACAAAACUUGAUCAGUCUUGUACCCAUAUGGAGGAUCCGCCUUUCCAUAUGGCUCAAAAAAUGCGUUGUACAGUUUAUUGUCAAGGCUCAAGAGAUUGGCAUUAAUAACUGGAAAACAGUCUCAACUCCUGGAAAUUCUACUUUAAAUGAUCGUCAACUGGCUACUGUGAUUUGGAUUUUGGAAACUCUUCGCGAUUAUCCUAGUUUACUUGAAAUUCUCAUGUGGCUUAUCAACAAAACUACUGAGCGGAACAUCUACCGCAGUAUUGUCUUUGCCUUGGAAAGACAUCAGCUUGUUUUUCAUGCCAUGGGCUGUUCACAGCUGAUUUUUGAUCAUCUUUUUGAAAAACACCAAACGCUUCGGAAACGGGGGACAGGGCUAGAUCCACACAUUCUUAGACACCUUUUUUCACUUUUAACACACAAGCUUUGCGAGAUGGAUUUUGAAGAAAGAAAGAAAUUAGAAAGUGAUCGUGCAUUACCGCUAAAGCGAGGCACAAGCAAGGAAAUUCCUUUAGAAUUUCGCGAUUUACGUGAUGCCAAAGACGAUCGACAAUCCAUUACCAAUGCUGCAUCCAGCCUCAUAUGGAGAUUUCAAGAUAUGCGAGAAGCGCUUGCUCGACUUUUCAAAUAUUCGUUGAUACUAUUGAGCAGACAGUCGAGCAUAAUGCAAAAAGACGAUUUUAGACGAAGGGUAACACUUACAGUUGAAGUUCUUAGAGAGGUUGCUGAUCGUAAUCCAAGUUUACAGGCAUCAAUCAUUGAUCAUUAUCGCGAUACAUAUGUGACUUCCAAACCAUUCACAGUCAUGACUCCGGGAACAGAGCUUCUUGGUGGAAUUGACAAUAUGGCUUCUACUUGGUCCAUAUCCAUGAUUGUUCAGCUAAUUACUUCUCGCUGCUGCCCAUUACAAAGAUUUUUAGACGAGGUGGUCGAUCCCAUCAUUUCAAGAGCAAAAGCCAACAUCGAUCUGCUAAAAUCGGUUUAUUUUACAAACUUGAUAUCCAAUAUGGUGUAUUUACUGUCUGUAAUCUGUAUAUCCACUGAAUCAGUUUCUUUGACUCCUCAGCUGAUUCUAACACUACAGCAGUAUCAGUAUCUUGAACGGCUUCGCGUUGUAGACAUGCACACGCCCGCAUAUCUGUCACGGAUUUUACACAUUCUACAGUCGCUUGCAUUUAUACGAUCAAGAUUGACGUCUACUUCUGCUGCGGUAGAUAUCGCAUCCAACGAACAGCUGUUGAGUGGCAUACAAGUGCUUUUGACGUAUGUUUUGGAACGACCUGGCUGGUUUAAACAUGCAUGCAUAACUGAUCAGUCAUGGAUAUCAUUUGACCUUGCACGCCUGUUUACUGAUGCCAAAAAUCUAUUUUCGCAAGAUACACUUGCUUUGGAUAUGGUGCUUCAAUCAACUCAUGUAGUAUUCAAGGCUCUUUGGGAUACACACACUUUUGAUGGGUAUACUGAAAAUACAGUCGAAGCUCCGUUCAAUAUCAAUGCUUUUGAAACCUGUUUUGAACGCAUUUGUCGUCACUCUAAUGCUUGCAAUCGAGACCGAUGUCAAUAUCUACUCACCUUGACAUUGGAGCUUUUGCAUCUUCAUCAAAGCAUUCAUGCCAGUGGUGUGACGGCAGUUUCAUCGUUUUCACAAUCGGUUUCAGUAGACAGUAUAGCAGCAUCACGACAAAACAUGGCAGAGGCAUACUCCAAAUGUUGGGAUCGGCUUGUUGACGUGUGUUUUAAGGAAGUAUUGGGUAGGAAUUCCACUAGUCUGUCACAUUUGCUGCCAAAAAUGAGAUGGGAGUUUUUAAAGCGUCUUGUAGUGAGAUCACAACAGUUGAUGGAGUCUGUUCAUUCACUUUUAUCUACCACACCUCUUAAAGAAUUCAAUCUUGCUGGCACGAAUAUUGCUCUUGAUGCUGACUCUCAGCAGCACUUGGUGGUAAAUACUGCUAGCAUUAAAUGUUUUGGAGAAUUUACAUCCAAGCUUGGUGUAUACAUGUGUCAUCGACUCAAGGAAGUUCGCAAAGCCAAAUCAUCUGGAAAAACAGCAGCCAAGCAAACCGAAGACGCCUAUCUUGCCGACAUAUCUGUACUGGCGGCUUUUAUUCUCCGAGACUUGCUUUGGUUUCAGGAAAAUAUCAAAGUGUUUGAUCUUAUGGUAGACAACGAGAUAUCAUUUGGGAAAGCGCAUCAGCUCUCUACUGCUGUAUCUUCAACAGAUUUGCCGCCAUCACAGCUUCAAGAUCAAGUCAUGCUUGCUCAGAUUCAGGAAAUUUUGAUUGCUCGGCUUACACUAGUCAAAACACUUGCACCAGUGAUUAUGGAAAACCCGAUACGAUUCCAAAUUGUAUUGCUAGCCCAGUCGCUUAUGAAGCUUCUUGUAUCCAAGCUUGUUACCAAUACAAUCGGCACGUCCCAUUUGUUUCAAAUCACAUUGGACGUGGUAUCGUGGUUUAUGGAGGAAAUACCCAAAGAUUUGAGCAAAGGCUUAUUUGCAUGGCUGGUUAAAAACCGACAAGAGUUUUCACUGCCAUCUCCGGCUGGAGAUCGAGUCAAUCGCAUUCUCCCAUUUGUUGACCGUAAUCGUCUCGUGUCUAAUUUAAUUUUUCGAUCGUCUGGAUUCAAUGAAUCGUUACACGAACUUGGUACUGCUACUUCGUCAUCCGCAUCCUCUACACCUAUUUGGAAACCGUCACAGGUAUCCGCUUCUGUAUCGACCCAGAGUACCGGCAUGUCGGCAAGUAUAACUUCACCCACCCCAUCAGCUAGCAAUACACCUCAUUUGGCUCGUGCGCCUAUAGUGACGUCAGAUUCAAAACAUUCUACCAAACCCGCUUCGUUUUUAAAAGUUGACCAGCAUUAUUUUCUACCUUGGAAAUGGUUGGAAGAUCCUGGAGAUGUUGUGCUGCAACAACAACCUCCAGCACCAUCAAUGUGCUGGGCAAAUCCCAAUACCAUUGCACCACUUAACAACACACCCAUAUCACUGACUUCAUUUGGUGCAAAAGUACUCCACCCUAUGGAGCCUGCGUAUAUCCAACUACAUAAGCAAGGAUGGACAUUACCCGACGUGGGUAGCCGCGUAUCAGAUAAUACUGCACUGAUGGAACUGACGAAUUUUUCUGAUGAAGAAUCUGUUGUAGAAGUUGUCAUGACAUCAUCUACUGUUACUGCUGCAUCCACCCAACCCACACCUGUAGCUCAUGUGGACAUGCCACAACACACUACGUUUGACGCUAUGGAUAUAGAUGUAAACCCUAAUCAUCAGGCGGGUAUCAUGGAUGUCAAAAUCCAUAGCGGUAGCUUAAAACCAGCUGUUACAAAAGGUAGUCGUAUUCCAACCAAGCGUAAAUCUACUGAUACGACCACCACAGGGAUCACAAAAGCAAUCAAAAAACACAACUGA